AUGCCAUGGUCAACCAUCCCAUGGGAAUCCGAAGAGGCUUCUGGAGCCUUGGAUGUCUCGUCACGGUUGAAGAAGCCUCAAAAUCUAGCUAAACCAUCAAUUCUUCUCCACCUGCCCGCAGAGCUCUGGGGAAUCGUUCUUGGUUACCUCACUCAAUCGCACCUGUUCCAAGUCCGGAACACGCACAACAAACAGCUCUGCGUAUUCGCCAAGCCCUGCUUCGCUCGAACCCUACCGGAUGUCUGGCGCUUUGUGUUGACUGUGGAGAGCAUGGUGAUGCUCGAACGACUGACGGCCGAUCCUGACUAUGUUCCCCACUGCAAGCACAUCAGCUUUGGAUCAUUCCAAAUUAGAGUCGACGGCCACGUACCUUGUCCAGAUGAACCGAGAUGCGAAUCUUUCCAUGACCCGUGGUCGGUAUGCGCGAAUGUGCACAGACAAGCAUGGUCAUCUACGGAGCGCAAGAUGAUCCUGUUCGACCACCGGUCGUUGCAACAGAAUUUGACUGAUCACAACAAGGUUGCCGAAACACAAGAGCAAUUCCUCGAUACGGGCGAACACACGAACAGGAUCGUGCGAGCUUUGUCCAACCUUAUGAGAGCUGGCAUGAAUGAAGUCACACUGGGUAUACGCGAAGAUUACACUGACUUGAUACAUGACGAGGACUACAUGGGUCCCACGUCGAAGAUCUAUCAUGGCGCCUUUCUCUCGAACCAACAACAAAUUCCACGCACUCUGAAUGCACUCAGGAAUGCGAUUGAGAUUAGCAGGUACCCAUUGGAGAAGCUGGUCGUGGUUUUGCGCGAACACGAUCAUCAUUUGUCUAUCGAUGACGUUCUCUGGACUCAUUUGAAUUCGACACCCGAAGUUCACAUCACACUAGUGUUUGACAAGGCCGUGGGACGCUCUAUCUCCAUCCUCAAGACAAACGCAGACUACGUCCUCAAGAUGAAUGAACACGAUCUCUGGGACAACAUGAACUGGCUUGGCCUUCCGUUGUUCGUGAAAUCCCAUUACGGAACUCUCUGGGACGAAUUGCUCGCGAUGCCCCUUCGUACUAUCCAGCUUUCCAACGUUAGAGACUAUUAUGGGGCUCUAGAGCGUGUUCUCAGCUCGACCGCUAUCGAGCACUUGGACCUCACUGCUAUCCAGAUGGCACAAGAAGUUAAAUCUUAUUGGAACAGAAUUGUGGGGGCAUCGACACCAAACACCGCAAUCACACUUUGCCAACAUAUCAAAAAGCUACCCAAGCUCACCUCCCUCAGGCUCGAGAACAUCAGGGAUGACAGAGGUGGCACUACUUUGUGGAUUCAGCAGGAAAGAGUGCAUUGGGAGGGACAGGAGGAAAUCCAAGUUGAUUUGGAUGGCAUCCUCGAAAAAGUCAAGGACCGGAGUUGGUUGCCACUGCGUGAUGAUCACGGUCAUGUCAACAAAUUCCAGAUCUAG